UUAACUUUUAAUUUUUCCAUUCAGAUCUUCUGCCAGCAUGCAACGGAGAAAUAACAACCAUGUCUUUCCUACAAGACGUUGUGGACAUUUUACUUCAGUAUGUGGCGAAAAGUUUUGAUAGAUCAACAAAAGUUAUUGAUUUCCAUUACCCAAAUGAGCUCCUCCAGGAAUAUAACUGGGAACUGGCAGACCAGCCACAGACCUUGGAAGAAAUUUUAUUGAACUGCAGAACAACUCUGAAGUACGCAAUUAAAACAGGGCACCCUAGAUAUUUUAAUCAACUUUCAACUGGAUUGGACAUGGUUGGAUUGGCAGCAGACUGGCUGACAUCAGCAGCAAAUACUAAUAUGUUCACCUAUGAAAUUGCUCCAGUGUUUGUACUUUUGGAAUAUGUCACACUAAGGAAAAUGAGAGAGAUGGUUGGCUGGCCAGGGGGCUGUGGCGAUGGGAUAUUUUCACCUGGUGGUGCCAUAUCUAACAUGUAUGCUAUGUUGAUUGCACGUUUCAAGAUGUUCCCAGAAGUUAAAGAAAAAGGAAUGGCAGCUAUUCCCAGACUGGUUGCCUUCACAUCAGAACAUAGUCACUUCUCUGUGAAGAAAGGAGCUGCAGCCUUGGGUAUUGGUACAGAUAGUGUGAUUCUUAUUAGAUGUGAUGAAAGAGGGAAAAUGAUCCCAUCAGACCUUGAAAGAAGAAUUCUUGAAGCCAAACAAAAAGGGUUUGUUCCUUUUCUGGUUAGUGCCACAGCUGGGACAACAGUAUAUGGGGCGUUUGAUCCUCUCAUAGCUAUUGCAGACAUCUGCAAGAAAUACAAAAUCUGGAUGCACGUGGAUGGAGCAUGGGGUGGUGGGCUCCUGAUGUCAAGGAAACACAAAUGGAAGUUAAAUGGUGUCGAAAGGGCCAAUUCGGUGACCUGGAACCCUCACAAGAUGAUGGGCGUCCCGCUGCAGUGUUCAGCCCUGCUAGUAAGAGAAGAGGGGCUGAUGCAGAGUUGCAAUCAAAUGCACGCUUCCUACCUCUUUCAACAAGACAAGCACUAUGACCUGUCUUACGACACAGGAGACAAAGCUUUGCAAUGUGGACGGCAUGUUGAUGUCUUCAAGCUAUGGCUGAUGUGGAGGGCAAAGGGAACCGCAGGAUUUGAAGCACAAAUUGAUAAAUGUUUGGAACUUGCAGAAUACCUAUACAAUAAAAUAAAAAACAGAGAAGGGUAUGAAAUGGUGUUUGAUGGAAAGCCUCAGCACACAAACGUCUGCUUCUGGUAUAUACCUCCCAGCUUGCGCAGUAUGGAAAACAAUGAAGAAAGGAUGAGCCGCCUUGCGAAGGUGGCACCAGUGAUAAAAGCCAGGAUGAUGGAGUAUGGAACGACUAUGGUGAGCUAUCAGCCCCUGGGAGACAAAGUGAACUUCUUCCGGAUGGUCAUCUCCAACCCUGCUGCCACCCAUCAAGACAUUGACUUCCUGAUUGAUGAAAUAGAGCACCUGGGACAAGAUUUAUAAUAACUGGGUGUGAAAGUCUGUUCCUGGACCUCCAAGUAGACAAUUAAGUUGUCACAAACUGUGCGAAUGUAUUUGUAGUUUGUUCCAAAGUAAAUCUAUUUCUAUAUUGUGGCGUUGGAGUAGAGUACGGUUUAAAAUCAAGAAACAUGGCUCCUUUAAAGUCCUUUCCUGAGUUUUAGAAUACUUCCUCAAUAAUUAGCUGCACAAAAAGCUUAAUUGAAACAAAUAAGAAAGAACAGAAGAUACUUAAAAUUUUAUCCCUGAUUUUAACACAGUGACUACUUUAAAAGCAAUCAGACUGAAUGGUGCCAAAUUUGCC